CGGUAGAGCGGUGGUAAUGGGACUGAUAGGAAUAUCUAAAGGCAUCACUGAAAACUUUGGAGGAGUCGUUUCGCAUCCUCGUUUGGAACUACAUGGACCAUGGGGCAUACCGUGGGAGCCUAGCCCAACGCUUUCAGCGGCCUUCCGAGCGUUUGCCAGUGCCAACUGGAGGGAUAUAAGAGGGCACCUGAAAGGCAUCGUAGUGCGCAAGAUACAACCAUCAUUCCAGCAACUCGUGUGUUCAAACGUCGAACAUAACACAAUAUGACGAACUCGAGAGUAGCCAUUAUCACAGGCGCUUCCUCCGGUAUCGGACGGAGUAGCGCGAUCGCACUGUCGAAAGCAGGAUGGUCAAUCGCGCUCUAUGCGAGGCGGCUGGAGAACUUGCAGGAGACGCAGACGAUGUGCGCCAAUCCGAACCAGAUCCUCGUCGUCCAGGGCGAUGUCAUGGACGAGGAAAGCGUGAAGAGCCUGUUCCGCAAAACAGUGGAGCGUUUCGGCCGUCUGGAUAUCCUCUUCAACAAUGCAGGCAUCAGCGCACCCGCCGUGCCCAUCGAGGAGCUUUCCCUCGAGAAGUUCCAGCAAGUGACGAACAUCAACCUCGUCGGGACCUUCCUCUGCACGCGCGAAGCCAUCAGGAUCUUCAAAGCGCAGACACCCCAGGGCGGGCGCAUCAUCAACAACGGGUCCAUCUCGGCGUACACGCCCCGCCCGAACUCAGCGCCGUAUACGGCGACGAAGCAUGCCGUGCUGGGCAUGACGAAGUCGACGCUGUUGGACGGGAGGAAAUUCAACAUCACUUGCACGCAGAUCGAUAUCGGCAAUGCUGCAACGAGCAUGGCGAACGGCCACGCCGCUGGGAUCUUGCAAGCCAACGGCGAGGUCGCAGCUGAACAAAUGAUGGACGUGCAGCAUGUUGGCGAUACUGUCGCGUACAUCGCUGGGUUGCCCUUGGACGUCACCAUGCUCACUGUAAACAUCAUGGCAACGCGCAUGCCGUUCGUUGGAAGGGGAUAAGUGUUGCUAUCGUUAUCGAGGCCAGCAUAGCAGUCGCACUUAGUCUGAAUGCGCGGAUGGUCAAACAGGGAUAAUAAA